AUGUCUCAAACAGUAGCAUUACUCCGUCUCCGUAUUCAGAAGAGUAACAGGCAAAUCACUAUGAUUCCUACUGGAAAUUUUAUCUCCAAGAGUUCAAUACAAAAUGUAUUCUUCUUGAGUGACAAUACUAUCGUUAAUUUAUCAUAUAAGCUUGGUGACGAAGAUAUUUUUUGCGAUUCUCGAACAGUUCGACAUGAAAUUUUUGAGCCAGAGUUAUGUUUUCUGCUCCCGGAGCUCUGGCAGGGAGAGAGAGAGAGGAAGUGA